UCUUGCCUGAAAAUCGGUUUCAGCUUUCAGUGAUUCGCCCGCGUUUCCGCCAUCUAGACGGACUAGGAAAAAUGCACAGAGCAACAGGCGCGUGAAGCGAUGUUGCGAGGCAUCAUAUCCUAUUGCGAUUAAGAUUUUCGUGAAAGAUAUCCGAUUUCUGGACCAAGAGUGCUUCAGAUUGGUCUUGAGCUGUCGUAGGAAAAAAAUCAGUUAAGCACAUCAAGAUUCACUUGGUAUGAAUUCUUAACUCGUUUGCGAUGUCAGUGCUGGACGAUGAUUCUUCCAUCCUGACUAGCCAAAGUAAGGCAGCGAUAGAGGAAUAUGUCCGGAAGAAUCUUUUGGAGGAGAAAUACGGCAUCAUCGCACUUUACAUUCCAGUUUUUCUGUCCGCUUUAGUUGCAAACUGCCUGGUUAUUCUGGUUGUCAUCAAGGACCAAUAUAUGAGAAGCGUCACAAACUAUUUUCUAGUGAAUCUGUCUGUCGCUGAUCUGCUUGUGACGUUAAUCUGCAUGCCAAAGGCAGCCAUUGAAGCCUACAAAUCGACCUAUGACUUGGGCAGGUACUCCUGUAAAAUAUCCUCCUAUUUACAAUGCGUUGCUGUGUCAUCCAGUAUAUUCACGAUAACAGCCAUGGCGUUGGACCGAUACCUGGCCAUUGCAAAGCCGAUGGGAUUCUUCUAUCGUUGCUUCAACAAAAAGACGACAACAAUCGUCAUAAUAUGUCUCUGGUCAUUUUCAUUAACCUUGCUGUUUCCCAUGUACAUAAUUGUGGAUUUACAUAACGAUCCACUUCAUUUUUCCGCGAAUAUCACUGUAGACGUGGAGAUUUGCCACGAGGACUGGUCUAAUUUCAGCCUGAUAUCACGGGAAAACAUGGGAGUUAUAUGGUUCAUCUGCAUUUUCACAGUUCCAGGAGCUAUUAUGAUAUUCGGAUAUUCCAUGAUGGGGAGGACCUUGUGUUCAUCGGCACCCCCAUUUGACAACGAUGGAGCUUGUUAUAUGCAACAGAGAAACAGAUUAAUCAGGAGCAGGAAGAGGGUAGCUUGCAUUCUAUUACUACUUGCUUGCAUAUUUGCAAUCUGCUGGUUACCUUACCACAUCAUGCUUCUUUGGAUGGACAUCAGCAAUAGUGAGGAUGGCUCAAUGAAGGAAACCAAAAAGUAUCUCUUGCUUCUCGGUCAUGCAAAUUCUGCCCUCAAUCCCAUCAUUUACUGCGCCUUAUCUAGGAGGUUCAGGAACUCCAUUAAAGAUCUUUUCGAUUUCAAAAUACACUUCUCCAGGAAGAGGAACCGAAUGCAGUGGGCAGACAGCAGUGGAUCAGCAAGCCACCUGAACUACAUGCAACGUAUGAAAUCUGUGCCAGUAAACAACCAUCACUACGCUCUCUCCAGGCUCAAUUCCAGUCAAAGAACGACAAAAACCUGUGCUGUUUGAACAUGAGUGAUUUUGUUGCAAGAAUCAUAUGUAAUUGUUGCAAUGAAAGGUUACUGUUACAUAAUACUCAAUGUAUGGCCACGUCCGAUGAAGCUGUGCAGCUUUUCCUAUGAAAAGGUGGAAAAAAGAUAUGUAUUACAAUUAAUUUCAUUCCUCCCACACAGUAUGUGAUAAAUAACUUGUCGUUUUGUUGCCUGAUUUUUCAUAAAACCAAUAACGUAAGAAAUUUCAGUUUAGAAUUUCAUUUAUUACGAUUUCCCAUUACUUCAGUUUGGGGUAUGUGAGGUAAACAUGACAAGAAUGUUUUUUUGUGUCGAAUAUUUUAGUGUAAACACUUCGAUGUAUGACCAUAUGAAGCGAGUAAAUGUCAUCCUACUAAUUAUUGAAUGGUUUUUAUGUACCUUUGUAAAACAAAUAUACCUCAUACGUAAACAUCA